AACAGAGAGAGCAAGAAAGAAACUAAGUACGAGUAUUUAUGAAAAUAUAAACAUAGUUUAGUGUGAUUAAUUAAUCAUAACCCGCCUAGCAAUUCCUUGGGGUGUGGAGCGAGCUCAAGGAGAAGAAAAGAGAGAAAGAGUCCAGAGCAAAAAUUGUUAUGGAUUUGCCGCUAUCUUUCAUACUAUCGGCAGCCACCAUAUUCUGUUUACUGGUCUUUGGUCAUCUGGCAUGGAUAAAAGCUCGAGUUGAUAGAAGCAAUAACGAAAAGGGAAAGAAAGUACUGGAAGCUGUGGGGUCAUGGCCGAUAAUUGGUCACUUGCAUCUUUUAGCUGGUUCUCAAGUGCAUCACAAACUGUUGGGGUCUAUGGCUGACAAAUUUGGACCCAUUUUCACUAUAAAGCUUGGUGUGCAUCCUGUUCUAAUUGUUAGCAAUUCAGCGAUGGCCAAAGAGUGCUUAACUACGAAUGACAGAGUUUUUGCUAGCCGACCAAAAGCCAUGGCAAGCGAGCUCAUGGGCUACAACUAUGCUGUUGUUGGCCUUGCGCCAUAUGGUCCAUAUUGGCGUGAGAUGCGCAAGAUAAUUGUGCUUGAAUUGUUGUCCCAACAGCACCUUAAAAAGCUAGCACAUAUCCGAAUAUCUGAAGUGAACUCAUCCAUAUUAGAAAUGUAUAGAAUUUGUAAGAGAAAUGAAGGGUCUUCUGAAAUGACAAAAGUUGAUAUGAAAGAAUGGUUUGGAAACUUAAUUAUGAACAUUGUUGUAAGGGUGAUAUUUGGCGUCCGUUUUUCCCAUGGCGAACAAAAUGAAGAUGAAUAUAAGAAGGUCAUUAGGCGGUUUUCUGCACUAAUGGGUACGUUUGUGCCAUCUGAUGCCAUUCCAGGCGUGAGGUGGUUAGAUUUAGGAGGAUAUGAGAAGAUGAUGAAGAAGACAGCAAUAGAGGUUGAUACUCUCAUCAAUGGGUGGUUGGAAGAGCAUAAGCAGCAGGUAAAUGAGAGCACAGACCAGGACUUCAUGGCCAUGUUGUUAUCCCGUCUUAAAGAACCAAAAGAGGAACUUUGUGGAUUCAGCACUGAUGUGGUCGUGAAAUCGACAUGCAUGGCCUUGUUAAUAGCAUCAACUGACACGACAAGCGCGACUCUAACAUGGGCUUUAUCUUUACUAGUCAACAAUCCUCUGGUGCUGAAAAAAUCCCAAAAAGAGCUUGAAAAAUAUGUGGGAAAAGAUAGAAUUGUUGAGGAGUCGGAUUUGAAGAACUUGGUCUAUCUUCAAGCAAUUAUAAAAGAAACGAUGCGACUUUAUCCAGCAAUACCACUUUCUCUACCUCAUGUUUCCACCGACGACUGUAUUGUCGGUGGCUACACUAUCCCUAAAGGGACUCGCCUUUUGGUAAAUAUAUGGAAAAUUCAACAUGAUCCUGAAGUAUGGACUGAUCCAUAUGAAUUCCAACCAGAAAGAUUCUUGACAACCAAAAAGGAAAUUGACGUCAAGGGUCAACAUUUCGAGUUAAUCCCCUUUAGCAGUGGUAGAAGAAUAUGCCCGGGAAUCGCUUUUUCUCUUGAAGCAAUGCAGUUGAUAUUGGCCAAUAUAAUACAUGGAUUUGAGUUCCAAAAUCCAUCAGAUGAUCAGAUUGACAUGACCGAAAGCCCUGGAUUGUCAAAUGUCAAAGCUUCUUCGCUUGAGCUCUUUGUUUCUCCAAGACUAUCCCCACAUGUGGUUGGGGUUUCCCCCUAGGCCUUAAUGUACAUCGUCUUCGGCUGCAGCACCCACUUUAUCGUGAGCCUCUGCUUGAUGGUGUACGGAAAUAGGUAUCCUCUACAAUAAAUAAAUACCGUUUUUAAGUGUGUAAAAGAUCUUCUACUACGAAUGAAUACAUAAGAUAACUAGCAUGCCAUGUACGUUUCUCAUUAUGUUAAAAAAUUUGGCACUAUACAUUUAUAUAUAAAAUUAUAAGUUAAUAUAGCUUGUAGAAUUAAAGUGGAAAUAUUAAUGUUUUUCAUAGGUA